AUUUAACGCAAUUAAAUUCGUUAGAACUCGAUGGAAAUCAAAUAGGACAAAUUGAUCCCAAUGCGUUCAUGGGACUGGAAGAAUAAAAGUACUACCCACAAUGGUAUUUGACAACUUAAAUUCUCUAGAAACUCUCAGCUUACAGAACAACAAACUAACCCGCGUGCCCGAAGAUAUUACAGAGAAUAUUUUAGAUACAUUGCGAGCAAUAGAUAUAACAGAUAAUCCUCUAUAUUGCGAAUGUGAACUAAGUUGGUACGCAGCAUGGUUAAAAGGCCUACAUGACAUGGAUGACGAAGUAAUGUCCAAAAUAAAACCUAUCUGUACAAUGGUCUCAGAGCAUCGAGAAUAUCCUGUGCAAACCAUACCUUUGAAGAAAAUGGGAUGUGUAGGAAAAAAUGUAGAUCGCGCAACAUCUUUGGGAACAGGUGUUUUUCAAAAUAGACUGGGAACAUUCUUAACAUUUGUUAGCCUAUCUAUCAUUUUAGUACAAAAGAUUAAUGAUUAAUUAAAUAAAUAAUAGUAAAUUUGCGUAAAUAA